CAUCCUCGACACUUUUUAAAAUCAUGUCUUGCUUUCAGCUAGUCAGCUUCAUCGUCAGCCAUGCCGCGUAUAGUGAGUGAUAGAAUAGCUCAGGUACAAAAUUUUGUCCUGACCAUGUCACACCAUUAGCCUUUUUUUUUUUCUCAGAACUUAUAAAAUUGGCUGGUUGAACUUUUCCCCCCUUUCGUUUCUCACCCCUUUACCAACAUGGCUGACUACGGUGCUGUUCCUACUCACGAUGCUGAAGAAGCUCAACAACCUGCUUCCCAAGAGUCACAUUCUUGCUUGGUUAACUUGAAGAACAAGAUCUUGCAUCCUCGUCACCGCAAGAGUGCUAUUGCCGCAUGGGUCGUUGUUUUAGCCAUCACUGCUACUAUUGUCAUCAGUCUUCACUACAGCUUCUUGCCUGACACUCUUGACCCUCAUCACGGCGAUGAUGUCAACGCCGUCUGCCGUUCUGACAGAAGCUCUUUCAUUGCCUUGAUGCUUUCCAUCUUCUUGGGCCCACUUGGCAUCGAUCGUUUGUACUUGGGCUAUGUCUUUAUUGGCAUAAUCAAAUUCUUGACUGCAGGCCUUGGCGGUAUUUUGUGGGUUGUUGAUAUUGUUCUCCUCGUCUUCGGUGACUUGCCUGAUCACAAUGGAUGCUGGUUGCAUUAAAUCUCGCU